AUGUUUGAAAGCGGGAGCUGUUGUGUCAUGCUGAUUAUUUUGUUUUUUCUCUCUCCAGUUUCGCCACCACGGAGAUUUCGCGUAAAGGUCCUAAGCCCCAAAAAGCUGGAUGUGUCAUGGAAAGAACCAAAGGGAGAAUUUGAAAGCUACAAAGUCAUUUACGCCACCAAACCAGGAGGAGAGCAGAAGGUGGUUCAGCUCUCAAAGCAGAAGACAAAACUAAUCAUAGAAGACUUUGACGCCUCUAAAGAAUACAGCUUCAAAAUCACAGCACUCAAAGGGGCACAGGAGAGUAAACCUCUUAAGGGCAAGCAUGAAGGUAAGAGACCCACCAGAGCCCGGUUUGAAGCCACCCUCUGA